GGCUCUAACUUGUGCGUUAAUUUUUGAAUAUUGACUAGAAAUAGUCGCAGAUGUCGCGAGAAAUUCUAACCCUUCAGUUGGGAAACUACGCCAAUUACGUAGGAACUCACUGGUGGAAUCUUCAGGAGGCCUCGUUUCGAUAUGACCCUACCGCAGAACCUACGGAAAUUGAUCACGAUGUUUUGUAUCGUGAGGGUCAAACGGCCAGUGGUCAGUCUACCUUCACACCCAGGAUGCUGUUGCUGGAUUUGAAGGGAACGUUAAAAUUCAUGCCCGAAGAAGGAGAGCUGUACGAAGAGCGUAAACAUUCACAAUCUGACAGUGUUUUGAAUGAAAUUGCUUGGGAUCCUGAUAAAAUAGAAGUAAUCAGCCAGCAACCUGCUGACAAGUGCGACUAUCAAAAGGAUUUAGAACAGGGUGCGACCGAAUCGGAUACAUGCGAGGAUGAGCAGGAGAAAGAUUACAACUUUAAAGAAACCGUUAACGAUUGGAUUGACUACAGCUAUUCUAGGUUUCACCCCAGGAGUAUCAAUAUAGUAAAUCAAUAUAAUCAUUCUAAGGAAGAAAAUCAAUUUGAUACAAUUAUCAAUGGACUGGAACUGUGGAGACGCGCGAACAUUGAGGAUGAGUUUGGAGACAAAAUAAGGCAGUAUAUUGAAGAAUGCGAUAGUUGUCAAGGCUUUCAACUGUUGUUUGAUUGCGUUGAUGGUUUUGCUGGAUUGGCCAUUAAAACUUUAGAGCAUUUGCAGGACGAAUACGGUAAAACGAGUUUAGUAUUUCCUGUGAUUCCUCCGACGAUGCCUAAAUUUAAAAAUGCAGACGACACAAUCAGCUCUUCAAUUCGAGUAAUUAAUACGGCAUUGACUUUCUCCACGUUACCGGACUCUUGUUCUCUUUUUGUACCGCUUUCAACUAUGGGUCGCUGUUGGAGAGAUCUCGAUAAACCACGCAACUUUCCGUACAUCUCCUAUGACGAAAAGAACCUUUAUCAAACGUCUGGAGUAUUGGCUGCUUUCCUCGAAACUGCAUCUCUACGAUUCCGAUUAAAAACACCAUCCAAUUUAAGUUACCUAUCGAACAUGUGCACUGAGCUAACUCCGCAUGGGCGCCAAAUGGCUGGUGCCUCUCUAGCCUUACCGCUUGCGAUGCACAAUUCGGAAGAUCUUAUUGACUAUCUAGACAGAAACGAUAAACCAUUCUGUAUUCCUCUCACUCCGAAUGCUUCGGUUGGUACAAAGUACGUAGUACAAUCGGUUACGGCACGCGGUAUACCAAGAAAUCGUCUCAAAAGGCCACCGACGGCGAAAUCCGCUCUAAAACAGCAACGGAUGGCCGCCUAUAGGUGCGAUUCGGUUAGCGAAAUGUUACAAUUUUAUUACCACUGUCAGUUACAUGCCAGUUUGUCACACGUAACAAGCUGCAACGCCCCGAUGGACCUGAAGGUACCGUUUCCGGUUGAAAUGUUCCACUCGAGAGUCGGCUUUGAUGGCUUUCUCAACGAAUUCGAUCCCGGCAUUCAGCAGAAAGUCGCUUCGGCUCCGGUUCUCGCUCAAAUUCAAUCUUCCGGUGGUUUGGCCGAUACAAUCGACAGUCUACAUCGCGAGGUAAGUCGUAUCAAACUGGUCAGAAUACCGCGUUUCGAGGAAAGCGGACUAGAGUCAGAGAAUUAUAAGGAGAGUUUAGAACGGUUACUGGAGUUUAAGGAGCGGUAUGACGAUAACUAUGAACUAUAGUUAGGAAUAUAGAAUAGA